GUGUAUGUGUGUGUGUGUGUGUGUGUGUGCGUGUGUAAAGCAGAUAGCAGAUACAGAGAGUUCAGUUCAGUCAUGAUGAAGCUCCAGACAGCAGCUCUGACUUUCUCUGCUCUCCUCUGCGCAGUGUGUGCUCAGGGCCCCGGUGUGUCGGUGCGUCCCCGCACUGCUGCUGUGCGUCUGGGGGAAACGGUGAGUUUUCAGCACCGUGUGACCAGCCGAGCUCAGCCGGGGAUGCUGGAGUCAGGGAAAAUGAACAACCAGACACUGGGAGUUUUUGUCUGUCCUGGAACACUGGUGCGCGUGCUGGAGCCCAGUUCGGUGCGGGAAGCGGAGGAUCAUUCGGGGGCGUGGUGUAAAGACCCCCUGCAGGCGGGCGAUAGACUGUAUGUGAUGCCCUGGACGCCCUAUCGCACCGACAUGCUGUAUGAAUACGCCUCCUGGGACGACUACAUUCAAAACAGAGUCACCACCACGUAUAAGCUGCCGAGUCGAGUGGACGGCACUGGGUUUGUGGUGUAUGACGGCGCCGUGUUCUACAAUAAGGAGCGAACGCGCAACAUAGUGAAAUAUGACCUGCGAACUCGCAUCAAGAGCGGCGAAGCUGUUAUUGUGAAUGCAAACUACCAUGACGCCUCGCCGUACCACAGGGGCGGGAAAUCUGACAUCGACCUGGCGGUGGACGAACAUGGGCUGUGGGUGAUUUACACCACUGAAGCCAAUAAUGGACGCCUGGUGGUCAGCCAGGUGAACCCGUACACGCUGCGUUUCGAGGGCACGUGGCAGACCAGUUUCGAGAAGCGCAUGGCGUCGGACGCGUUCGUGGCGUGUGGGAUCCUGUACGCCGUGCGCUCCGUCUACCAGGACGACGACAGCGAGGCGGGAGGAGAUCUGAUCCUGUACGCCUACGACACACGGAGGAACCGCGAGGAGCCGGUCAGAAUCCCCUUCCCGAACCCCUACCAGCACAUCUCCUCCAUCAGCUACAACCCCCGAGACAACCAGCUGUACGUCUGGAACAACUACAUCGUGCUGCGCUACCCGCUGGAGUUCAGCCCGCCGCAGCCCACCACCGAUCCGCUCUCCACUCCUCUUCUCUCCACGACUCCGCCCAGUUCUCUCUCCUCCACCGUUUCCAUGGGCUUUAGUCCCACUUCCGUCCCGUCGGUGACCUUUCACCCAGUGGGAGCCAAAAACCGGGCUCCGGCAGGGCGUCCCACCCCAGGGGCCCCGGACACCGAUGUGUGAGGGCCGCGUGACUCGGGGAGUGCAGUGGCUCCCGACACAAAGAGGAGAAACAGUGGAGAGACCCUGCCCCAAAGGAUCCCUCGGUCAGUGUGUGUGUUAGGGCUGCAUGAUAUGGGACAAAUGAGCAUAUUUAGUUUUCCAGGGUGUCCGCAGGCGUCUUAAAAAUGAUUAAAAAAUGAUAAAUCAAUUUAGAGGUCUUUAAAAAAUUAUUAAAAAGUCUUAAAUGCUG